UUUACAUCUUUCCACAAUGCCUUCCUCUAUCCUAAACAAGUACACACAAGUCGAUGGGAUCAACGUAUUCUAUAGGGAAGCAGGAUCAAGAAACAAUGCAACCAUUCUAUUGCUUCAUGGGUAUCCAUCUUCAUCUCACCAAUAUCGAAAUUUGAUUCCCAUCCUAGCGGAUAGAUACCACGUUCUUGCUCCUGACCUUCCUGGCUUUGGCUUCACUGAGGUUCCCAGCGACAGACAGUAUCAAUACACCUUUGAGAACUUUGCCAAAACAAUUGGAGACUUUGUUACAGCAUUAAAUGUCAAAAGCUUUGCUGUUUACGUUUUCGAUUACGGUGCUCCUACUGGAUUCCGGCUCGCUCUCACUCGGCCAGACCUGAAGAUAACGGCUAUUAUCUCUCAAAACGGUAAUGCAUAUGUGGAAGGACUGGGAGACUUCUGGGCGCCUAUCCAGCGCCUGUGGAAAGACAAUAGUAAACAAAACCGCGAGGCGCUUCUACCAGCUUUGACACUGGAGGGAACAAAGUCUCAGUAUUUUGAUGGCGUUCCAAAAGAUCUGCUUGAACGCAUUCAGCCCGAAUCCUAUCACUUGGAUCAAGCUUUACUCGAACGACCAGGCAACAAGGACAUCCAGCUUGGUAUCUUCUACGAUUAUCGAACCAAUGUAGAUCUGUAUCCACAAUUUCAAGCCUACAUCAAAGAUAAUAACGUCCCGGUUUUGGCGAUAUGGGGAAAGAAUGACGGCAUCUUCAUUCCUGCUGGUGCAGAAGCUUUUAAACGUGAUAAUCCAAGCAACACAGUCGUUAAAUUGUUAGAUGCUGGACACUUUGCAUUAGAAACUCACGUUGAGGAGAUAGGAAUUGACAUCAUCUCAUUCUUGGGAAGUCAUAUAGCUUGAUAUUAAAAGCAAUUUCUGUAAUGGUGCAUAUUCAGUUCAGUUCAUAGAAUGAUCACCGCCAUCGUUAGCUUCGAUAAAAAUCUGAUUCAUAAUUGAAUAAAAAACUUCGUUAUAUUGUAAUAUUUUAGCAACACA